AGAAAUAGAGAGAGAUGAUGUAUGAUGUAUGUGGGUAGUUUGUAGAUAGUCCCAACCCAAAUGUAGACCGAAGUGGUGUCGAGUCGACGCACUAUUUUCUUCCUCUCUCUCUCUCUCAUUGCUGCCGCCGUUAUUUAUUGCUCUUAUACUGUUUUAAAGCUUACUCAUAACCGUUUUCAAUUUUCCGAUGGCGGCAACGGCCAGCGUGGUGCCUCCUUCUGCUUUCAUGCCCUCAACCACCGAUUGCUUGCCCUCUGCCGGCAACAAGAUCGCCGAGUUUUUCUUCCACCGCCAAUUCUCUACACCACUCCGCAUUCUUCGCUCUUCCACCCCUACCCGCUGCAGUUAUCGCAACAACGCUACGGAUUCUGAUGCCAUCGCUACUGCCUUCCCACCCAACGGUUCUGCACUCUCCUCUAUUGAUAGCUAUCUACAGCUGACUCAGGUUACUUUAAAUUCACAAAGGAAAACGAAGAUUGUCUGCACUAUUGGCCCUUCAACUAGCUCGCGCGAUAUGAUCUGGAAAAUGGCUGAAGCUGGAAUGAAUGUGGCUCGUUUAAAUAUGUCUCAUGGUGAUCACGCGUCACACCAAAAGACUAUUGAUCUGGUCAAAGAAUACAAUGCACAAUUUGAGGAAAAAGUUGUUGCCAUAAUGUUAGAUACCAAGGGUCCCGAGGUUAGAAGUGGGGAUGUUCCAAAGCCGAUCCUUCUCAAGGAGGGACAAGAGUUCAAUUUUACCAUCAAAAGAGGUGUUAGUACAGCUGAUACUGUUAGUGUUAAUUAUGAUGACUUCAUAAAUGAUGUUGCUGUUGGAGAUAUUAUACUGGUUGAUGGUGGAAUGAUGUCGUUUGCUGUGAAAUCAAAGACAGAGGAUUCAGUAAAAUGUGAAGUAGUUGAUGGUGGAGAACUGAAGUCAAGGCGGCAUCUGAAUGUGCGUGGGAAAAGUGCGACAUUGCCUUCAAUAACAGACAAAGACUGGGAAGACAUUAAGUUCGGUGUGGAUAACCAAGUUGAUUUCUAUGCUGUUUCUUUUGUCAAAGAUGCCAAGGUUGUCCUUGAACUAAAAGAUUAUCUCAAACGUUGCAGUGCAGAUAUUAGUGCAAUAGUAAAGAUUGAAAGUGCUGAUUCUAUACCAAAUCUUCACUCUAUCAUUUCUGCAUCUGAUGGGGCAAUGGUAGCUCGUGGUGAUCUUGGAGCUGAACUCCCUAUCGAGGAAGUUCCCUUGUUACAGGAAGAAAUCAUAAGAAGGUGUAGAAGCAUGCAAAAACCAGUUAUAGUAGCUACAAAUAUGCUAGAGAGUAUGAUUGAUCACCCGACUCCGACAAGAGCUGAGGUUUCUGACAUUGCAAUUGCAGUACGGGAAGGUGCUGAUGCGGUAAUGCUUUCAGGAGAAACAGCUCAUGGAAAAUUUCCAUUGAAGGCAGUUAAAGUGAUGCAUACUGUGGCACUGAGGACUGAAUCAAGCCUGCCGCUUAUUAGCAGCUCACUAGGUCAAUCUGCUGCUCACAAGAACCAUAUGAGUGAUAGAUUUGCCCUUCAUGCCACCGAAAUAGCCAACACUCUGGCGACUCCCGUCAUAGUUUUCACAAGAACAGGUUCCAUGGCUAUUGCGUUGAGUCAUUAUCGACCAUCCUCAACAAUAUUUGCUUUUACAAACGUUGAAAGGGUGAAGCAGCGUCUGGCCCUUUAUCAUGGUGCAAUGCCCAUAUAUAUGGAGUUUACUGACGAUGUUGAGGAGACCUUCUCCCAAGCUCUGAAGCUUUUAUUGGUGACAAAACGAUCAUUAUAUGUUAAAGGGGCUUGUGUCUGAAGGGCAGUAUGUAACUCUGGUCCAAAGUGGAGCACAACCCAUUUGGCGACGAGAAUCCACACAUCACAUUCAAGUCCGCAAAGUGCAGAACUGAUGCAUUGAUAUAAGUUGGUAGCUUCUGCUGUGUAGAGAUAUCGCUAGAUAAUCAAUCUUCAGUCAUGCAAAAAUCGGGGUAAACUUGUUUGCAUUUUAUACUUUGUUGUCGUAAUAAAACCAUAUCUGCACCUUGUUCGACAAGGACCCUGUCAAUUAUAGAUGAACGUUUACGCCUGGGGUAUAUAUAAAGCAUUGAAACUUAAA